AUGCAAAGAUUCUCUCCCGUUUUUCUGAGAAGGUCUGCUUGCCGACGCCUUCUGAAAACUUCUUGGAACUUUCAGAUCGAUCCAUUCAACCGCCGCCGCGAACAGCUUCAAAUACGCGAAUCUGGUGGUCGAGAAGAGCAGCAAAAAGCAGCGGAUUCCCAGUGAUGUCGGUGAACUUGGUCCCAGUAGUUCAGUGGAUCUUUUCAGCCCGUCAAACUUGGUUUCGGCCGCUACUUCUCCGACCACAUGAUCGACAUCGAUUGGGAUGUGAAGCACGGAUGGUUCGACCCGAGGAUCCGUCAAUUCCAGGACUUUUCCAUUCAUCCAGCCGCCAAAGUUCUUCAUUACGCGCAGGAAGUGUUCGAGGGCCUCAAGGCCUAUUACGGCGUUGAUGGCAAGGUAUUUCUUGGCUUUGUGCUGAGUGCAGCCGAGCGCGUUUGCAUUGCUCAGAUGUUGUAGAUCCGUGUGUUCCGCCCUGAGCUCAAUAUGGAACGAAUGAGGCGAUCGGCGCGAAGAGCCACGUUGCCGGACUUUGACACGAAAGAAGCACUCCUUCUGAUGGACGAGCUCAUCCGAAUGGAUUCACACCUGGUCCCUCGGUCCGAGCACGCCUCCCUCUACAUCCGUCCGAUGUUCUUCGCGACGGAACCGAGCAUCGGAGUGGCCGAGAGUCUGCAGGCCAAGUGGGCGUGCUUCACCACCGUCACCGGCAGCUACUUCAACUACGAGAAGGGCAUCCGUCUGCUCGCCGAUCCCGAAUACGUCCGCUCGUGGAAGGGCGGUGUCGGGCAGUACAAGAUGGGGUGCAACUACGCGCCGACGAUCGCCAUCGGAAAGUGAGCAGCUCAGAAAAUUUGGAACUGCGAAAAACCCCUGCAUUUUCUGUCCAGAAUGGCGGCGCUCCACGAGUGUGAUCAGGUGAUGUGGCUGUCCGGAGAGGAUCGUCAAGUCACUGAAGCGGGCGCGAUGAAUCUGUUCGUCCUGUGGACCAACGAGGAAAACGAAUUGGAGCUGAUCACUCCGCCCACAGAUUCGGGCCUCCUUCUGCCCGGAAUCACGCGCCAAUCGGUGCUCGAAUUGACGAGGGAAUGGAAUCUGAUGAAGGUGUCCGAGCGGGAAUUCACGAUGGAUGAGCUGUCCCGGGCGGUUCGCGAGAAGCGCGUCUACGAGUUCUUUGUGGCGGGCACCGCGGCGAACGUAGGCCCGGUGGCCGAGAUUGUGCACAUGGACAAGGAGAAGGAGAUUCAGGAGAAGCUGCCCAUCCCCACCAUUCAGAGCAAGUAUCAGCUGUACAAGAAGUGAGUGGGACGACAAGGGACCGAAAUAAAAACGGAUUUCAGGCUUCACACUACUCUCUCGGACAUUCAUUACGGAAAGAUCGAGAAGAAGGAGUGGCAGCGUAUUGUGGAAGUUUGA